AAUGCAGUUUGACCUACUGAGCAUAAGAAUAGCUACUGAGCUAUUCUUACUCUGUUCACUGUGUGUAGUCACACCAUAUAUGAAGAUGAAUCACACACAGAAUCACUAGGUUGGAGGAGACCUUCAAGAUCAUUGAGUCCAACCCAUGCACUAACACCUCAGCUAAACCAUGGCACUGAGUGCCACAACCCAUCUUUCUUUUAACCACAUCCAGGCAUGGCUGGCAAAAGAAAAAAUCAUGUAUGAAAAAGAAGCAAAACAGCAAGAAGAAAAGAUUGAAAAAAUGAAAGCUGAAGCAUGUGAUGAUUAUGGAAUUAAGAAACAGAUCGAGAUCUUACAAGAGUCACGAAUGAUGAUUCCAGACUGUCAACGCAGACUAGAAGUUGCACAUGCAGAGCUUACUCAACUACUAGAAAAUGAAAAAGAAUUGGAAGAAGCUGAAGAGUAUAAAGAAGCACGUUCCAUACUGGAGUCAGUGAAGCUGGAAGCCUAGCUGUUUUCCAGUUCUUUCUUUAUAUGCGUUAGCACGGGGUCCAUUCCACAGUUUCAUUUGACUAUGGCUCUACUACUAUUGUUGACUUGCUAAAGUUCCCUUUAUGCAAACUGAGCUUUCUCUAACUGCAAGGUGCAUCAAAUAAAGAAUAUUCUGAAACAUUUGUGUGUUCCAUAUUCAGGCAAAAUAGAUAUAUUUCCAGUUCACCUCAAUUUAAAAAAAAAAAAAAUAAAGCCCAUUUAAAGUAAAUGUAAUAGUUAAAUAGAGAACUUAAAUCUGAACAGUUCAGGCUAAGAAACAAAGUUUGGCUGUGUGAGGGACCAGUAAAUACUUUAGAAUGAAAUAGCAUUAUAGAAUAGUUUGGGUUGGAAAGUUCCAUCUAGUUCCAGCCCCGACAUGGGCUUUAGAAGCACCUUAUAUUUGAAAUAAUAUACAUUAUAGCAUAAAAAUCUGUACUGAAAGAGAAGGCAGACCAAAUAACCCUUCCCAAUCACCUAUCUUUCUGUGGUGCAAUUUUCUUAUCAAGUAUGUAUUCCUUGUUUAUCUUUGAGUCCAAGACAAGAGCUGACUCCAGAUCUUGCUCAAUGUGCAUGGCACUGAGUCGAGCCCAAUUCAUACAACUCCAUCAAAAUUCUUCUACUUUUCAGGCAACAGGAUAUAGCAGGUGACUAGUAUAUUGUGAGUUGCAUCUGCUAAAAGAGUUCUGGACUGAACGCUUUUCCUGAAAGCACUUUGGCCUGAUACUUUUUUUGAAUAAAGUUCAAACCCCCAGGACAUGAAAGAGAGCUAAGGGGAACUCAUGGGUAAGGGAACAACACUUAGUCUGCCCAGAAGACAAUUAAGACAUUAUGUACAAAAGCUGUGGUUUUUUUCAGAGUAGCUUCUCUAAAGCAAAUAGUAAGUUCUGUUGAUAAACAAGAAAGCUUUUUACAUUAGUUUUUCUAGUUUGAAAGUGUUCCGGCAUGUUUCUUAAAGGCAACACAAAGCACAGUGUACCUUUUGUGUGGUGCUAAAUUGAAUAUUCAAUAAAAUUAUUUGUUAAUUUGCCUGA